AUGUCAGGCAACUUUCAAGAUUGGACACCCGUGACGUUACAGAAAACUAGCCCUGGGGGCAAACGCGUCGUGAAGGAACAAGAAAUAAACAAGGCUCGCAGGGCUGGAGAAACCAUCGAGACAGAGAAGAAAUUUUUGGGGGGUCAAAAUAAAACGACGAAGGCAAAUUUAAUCCCGAAUGCCAGAAAGGUGGAAGAAGACACAGGCGACUACCAUGUUGACCGGGUCUCCAUGGACCUAGCCCGCGCGUUAGCAGAAGCACGGAGGAACAAAGGCAUGACGCAGGCUCAGCUGGCACAGGCAAUUAACGAAAAGCCGUCAGUUGUGAGCGAGUACGAAAGUGGGAAGGCCAUCCCUAAUGGAGUGAUUGUACAGAAGAUGAGUCGUGCGUUGGGCUGUCAACUUCCAAAAUGCAAGCAGAAGAAAAGAGUGGUGGACGAAUGA